GGACACUUUCCCCCAAUCCAAUCCCAAUCAUCCAUCAUCUCCUUUUCGGAAACUAGACAGUCGAUCAUCUUAAACUCAGCUGGGCGAAUAUAGAAUUCUGUCUUCAUCACCUCGCACCAAAGUCAAACUCGGACUCGUUCCCAUAUCCAGGUUAGGCAUAUGAUAAGUUGUGUCUCGCUAUAGAGUUUCGGAUCUUCGCCCCCGUCAUUCCCAGGCGGCUAUUCUUCUCGCGCCUCGGCAGAAACUCCUGUCAGCUUAUUGAAUUACGUGUAUCUGUGUGACAUUCCACGAUGACAGUCGGCGUCCAGAAUAACGAGGAUACUUCAAAGCCUGGGCACAAGCUAGACGAGGAGCAGAAGACUGCACUGGACACAUUUGUCCGAUUAUGCGAGGAUAAUGAGCUUCUGGGUCGGCUGGAUGGUAUGGGGGAACGCGAUGUUUUGGAUGCGAUUAAUGACGAGACGGCGUUGAUACGCUUUCUACGUGCACGCAAGUUCGACCCCGAGCCCGCUAUCAACCAGUUCUUCGAGGCGAUUCUGUUCCGCAAGGAGAAAGGCAUCUUUGAGGUCUACGAUGGGAUACGUGUGGAGGAUUUCGAAACUGCCAAUGCAGUUUAUCCCCAAUGGACAGGCCGUCUCGACAAACGCGGCCUCCCCAUCUUCUUCGUGGCUACUUCCAACAUCAAGCCUUCGAUGUUAGGAUUCAGCGGCUUCAACUAUGGCUACGUGCCGAGCUCGGAUUCGGACUCCGACCCACCUUCUACAGAACCUAAUCAGCAGCAUCAACGGAUUGACGUGCUGCAGCUGGGCUCCGUGAUGUUUGAUAGCUACACUCGCUUCGUGUUUCCGCUUUGUUCCGUGGCCGCCCAGAAGCAGGUUACUUCCGCCGUAAUUCUCGUCGACGCGGCGACCUUGACGCUGAAGCAGGGGUUCGAUUUGAGGAAUUUCGCCAAGGAGGCUACUUGGCUUCUCUCGACCUGUUAUCCCGAAACGGUGGAUAAGAUCUUUGUUUGCAACUGUCCGUCCUAUUUCGGCGCUAUAUGGAAGAUCUUGAAGGGCUGGGUAGACCCAAUCACUGCGGCCAAGCUUGUUUUCUUGGCUCCUGCAGAGGUGUAUCCGACUUUGAAGGAGUAUAUCGAUGACGAUGACCUUCCGAUCAAGGUCGGUGGAAAGUUGGACUUUGAGCACGGCGGGCCGGUGGACUUGAGUGAUGCGUUUAAGAAAGCGCUGGGCCGUGAUCAGUUGGUAGCUGGGCCACACAAAUGGGUCUACGAUGAGAAGGGAAGAAGGAGUGUCGUAGCGGUGGGGAGUGUGGAUGGGAAGUUGAGAUAUGAAGUUGUUGCUACUUUGAAUGAGUCUCUCGACUCAGGUCCAGAGGAGUGACUUGGAGGGCUAGAAUCUAGAAAAUAUAGAGAUUUCGG